AUGCCAGCAGAGAUUCUCAAUCGACUCGAGGCCUCUGUACCAGAGAUCGAAGCUUCUUUCGUCAACGAAAAUAUUGGUUCUUCCAUGAAGGCCGACAGUCUGGACCCACUUGAGUCCGAAUUGAGGGCUAUGAAAUUCAUAUGGAAACUGCCCAUCGUCUCCAUCGAUUUCCUUCAUGAAGACGAAAAAUUCUGUGGCAUGUGUGAUCGCAAGUACGAUGACGAAUUCAGAGUUUGCGGACGUAAAGAAUCCCCUUGUUGUCUGCCAUGUGGUCAUAUAGCAGGUCACCAAUGCCUUCGGAAAUACCUUUCUCCCUACGAGUGUGGGUUCACAAAGUGUCCUUUCUGCAAGGUCGAUUUCCCGCAAACGUUCACAGAUCCAGUUGAGCCCACACUGGCUACUAGCGACCUUGCAUGGGUGGAUGUCGAUGACCACGAGGUUUUAGACGAGGGGCUGAGCAGACAGGUAUCGCAACUGUCAAAGGAUUCCGGAGCACCAAGCGAUGAAAUCAAGCGGUACCUCAGCAUCGAUGAGGUCCUUGAGCGCUCUCGAAGCCAAACAGAGGUUAAUAUGGGCACAGAUGUACAAGACUUCGCCACUCAAGCUACCGAUCCAGCGGAGAUCGGAGACGAAGAAUUCCCAAAGAAUCGCAAAAAUGGAGGAGGUCCAAGUCUUGCACGUGCUGCUAUGAAGGCUGUCGAUCUGAUAGCGAAGAAAUUUUAG